AUGCCGCCAAAAAUCGCCAAAAAGGAACGCAACUUUGCAACUCAUCGCUUUCGCCUCCAACGCUCAUCGCCAUCUGAGUCGCCUUCCGUGCCAAAGAAUCCAGGGCCUCGUCCCGUGUGUGAUCGAUGCCGACGGUUGAAGAAACGAUGUGAUAGGAAGGUUCCUGAUUGCGCGAACUGCGUCCACGCCGGUCGGAAUUGCUCGUACGAGGCAUUGCAGGCACGAGUUCAGCAGUUGAUCAACGGUCUGGAGCAGAAGGAUGCAAAUGCGAAUGAGUACACUGCGAACUGGAGUAUACCGGAAAGCCCAAUCAAUGCACCACCGCCAGUAGAAGUAACAGACCCGACCGUGCUGGUUGAUGCCUUCUUUCAUCAUGUGUACAGAGCUUAUCCGUUCAUCGACGAAGAUCGCGUUCGACGGGCUGCUGUCUCUUGCGUGCCCAACUGUCGUGAUACCGAAUCAACUGUGAGUAGGGCUCUCAUAUUACUAUAG